AUGAGGCUUCUAAUGUCUUCUUCGAAUCAAGAUGAAGGUGAAAUGAAGAUAUUUGCUAAUUGGAUACUUGAUGUUGGAAAUGGAAAUAUUGGCUCUGUUGUUGGUGAUGAAUCAGAAGUUGAAAUUUCAGAUGAUCUAUUGAUUACAACUACUGAUGAUCCUCUCUCUCAUUUGGUAGACUUUGCAUAUCUAAAUUUGUUGCAAAACAUGUCAGAUUACAGGUAUUUUCAGAGUAGAGCAAUUCUUGCACCCACACUUAAGAGUGUCGAGAAGGUAAACAAUUUUGUCUUGACAAUCUUUCCAGGGAUGGAAAAGGAGUAUUUGAGCUCUGACACAACAUGUCAAGCUGAUGAAAAUGAAGAUGUAAAACAAGAGUGGUUCACACCAGAGUUUCUAAAUGACAUCAAAUGUUCGGGACCACUCAAUCACAAGUUGACUUUGAAGUCAGGAGUCGCUAUAAUACUAAUGCGAAACAUAGACCAGACUUCAGGUUUAUGCAACGGGACAAGAUUAAUAGUUAACAAACUUGGCAGCAACGUAAUUGGAGCGAUGGUAGUGACUGGUAGAAAUAUUGGAGAUAAAGUGUACAUUCCAAGAAUGAACUUGAUCCCUUCAGAUUCAGGAUUGCUAUUUAAGUUCCAACGGAGACAAUUUUCAUUAACAGUAUGCUUUGCAAUGACCAUUAACAUGAGUCAGGGUCAAUCAUUAUCACAUGUAUGGCUUUAUUUGCCAAAAUCAGUGUUCACCCAUAGACAACUUUAUGUUGCUUUGUCAAGAGUUAAGAGUCGCAGUAGCCUCAGGAUUUUAAUUCUAAACAAAGACGGCAAUCCAAAGUCAUCAACAACAAAUGUCGUGUUCAAAGAGGUUUUUAAUAAUAUUUAG